AUGGCGCCGAUGCGGCGCUGGAUAAUCCUACUACUAUUUGCAGUGCUGCUCGUCUCACAAGCCCAGUAAGUUGACCUAUUUCUAAAUUAGUCCAUAGUUGUCACUGGCCCGACUCAAGUAGCGGGUUUUUUUUUUGUUUUCCUACGCGUUUUUCAUCUCGAUUGGUGGUAUUGAUGUCAAAAAAUGGCACAGAUCGAGCAUGUACCUAACUGAAACGCGCACAAUGAUUCACGAAAAUGUGUCAAGUUGCAGAUCGCAAUCCGAACCGACCAAAGACAAGAAACAGGGCCGAAAAGUGUCCGAGUUGGGGCCGUCGUACAUGCGAAAACGAACACAACUUCCGUCGUUCUUGCUGCGACCGUACCGCCGACCCGCCCUGGCUCUUCUACUAGUCUCGUGA